AUGGACGCCCAAGAUUUCCUCCAACUCACGGCCCUGGAGCGGAUCGGCCCCAAAGGAUACCUUCGUUAUGUCUUUCCCUUCCAGCUGGCAGGAGAGAAUUACAACCCCGAUGAUGUUGCCCGCGUUCUCCAGGCGGGAUAUGACGUGCUGAUCGCCCGCCUCCCCGUCGUGGGCUGUGGAGCUGUCCCCGAUACAGAAUGCGGCCAGAAAGGAGUGAUGAAGUUUGAGAGACACGAUGAGAACACCGUCAUCACAGUCAAGGAUCUGCGCGACUCCUUCUACCCGUACUCUGAAUUGAAGGCCAGGUCGUUCCCCGUCGCUGCCCUGGAUGCCGACACUCUGUGCUGUCGCGCCGUGUGGCCGUCUGCUGGCGAACAACAGCUGCCUAUCUCUCUUGUGCAGGCCAAUUUCAUCCCUGGAGGCCUCAUCCUGACCUGGUGUAUUCUCCACAUGGCAGGCGACAGUGUCUCCUUCAAUACCUGGUUGAAUGUCUGGGCGGAGGGAUGCCGGCUUGCCCAGGGGGAAGAUAUCCCUGAUCCGAUCCAACUUCCUGACGCCAUCUGGACAGACCGAAAGCAAGUGACCAGACCGUCGGGGAGGAAUCAUGGCCGAGUUGAGGACCAUCCGGAAUACACACUGUUGCCCUUCACGCCGACGGAAGCUCCGCCAAAGAUGAUUUCGCCCAACCACCGCGGCCAGGUGUUUUAUCUCUCUCCCGAAUCCCUGGCCAUGUUGAAGGCAGAUGCGUCUCCUGCCAACGCGACGACACCCUCGGACCAGACCUGGGUGUCUACCAACGAUGCCGUGUCCGCUCUGCUCUGGCGCACCGUCAUGGCGGUGCAAUCGCCGCUGGAAACGCUGCAGGACAAGAACCCGGUCUCAGUCUUCAACAUCGCCAUUGACGGCCGCCGUCGCACCCAUCCCCCCGUCCAUCGGGACACUCUCGGCUGCUUCCUCGAGUACAUCGCCGUGUCGUGUCCCAUUCGCGACAUGCUGGCGUCGCUCUCCCUGGCCGAUCUGGCCAUCAAGAUCCGCCAGGCGGUCUUGCGCGCAGACAAGCACUUUACAGACGACGUGGUCACGCUGGUCGACCGGCUGGAAGACGUGGAUCGACUCGUUCCCACGGCGUUUCUGGACGUGCCCGGCUUCAACUGCGUGCAGUCCUCGUGGGCUGCGUUUGACGUGUAUACUGCUCACUGGGGGCAGAUGCUGGGCAGGAUCGAGGCGGUGCGUGUGCCUCAUGUCGGCUGUAUCAAUGGCCUUCAACUCGUGCUUCCCCCGCUGCCGGAUGGCGGGAUGGAGGUGAUGGUAGGGGUUGAGGAGACUUGUUUAGGCAGGUUGAAGAGUGAUCCUUUUUUUAGUAAGUAUGCUGCACUAAUCGAAUAG